AUCACUAUAAAAUCUUGUUUAUAGAAUUAAAAGAAUUGUAAAUCUUAAAUUUUAAGAAAAGAAAUUAAAAUUAACACUGUAAAAUUUUUUCUUAGGUAUUUUGCUUUGUCGCCGUGCAAGCGCCAUUUUACCGCAUUAUCGAUACAAAUCAAACUAUUCACUUCGGGUGUUGCCUCGCUUUGAAGAAGAUGAGGAAAAACAAGAGGAAGAAGUGCGCAGCAAAUAUAUGUUCCGGCCACGUCUUUCGGCUAUUGCUGAAAAUGACCGUUUCGAUGUGCCGUUCCAAAACGAAUACGAACAGUGUUGCCGUGAGGACUACGAUUGGGAUUCGGAGUUUCAAACCAUCAAAACAGUUUGGGAAAGACUGAAACCGCCGCCACAGGAAAAGGUGGAAGAGAAAGUGCUGACAAUUGGGAAUUCACGAUCGCUUCCAUGGGCUCCGAUAACAGUCCAGCUUUUAAAAAUGCUGAGGAAACUGCCAAAUUCGCGAGUUGGCAUACUCGGCAUGGCUCAUAAUUUUGAGCAGAAAACCCUGAUGGCAAGAACACGAAAAUUAUUCGAAUUGGUCUGCCAAACCUAUUACACUGGUGAUUUAAAAAAUUUAAUAGAAAGCGAUGAAAAUGCAGAGCCGAUUGUGGAGCAUAUGCCAGAAGUGGAAAAGCUUCAAGCAGAUGUGCGAGAAUUAUUAAAUGUUACUGAACAAGAUAUUAUCACGAUCGCUCCCGGUACUUAUGGUGCUCUUCAGGAUUUUUUUCGGGUCUUCUUCGCCAGUACUUAUUCGCUGUCAAUAACGUGCUGUGCUGCGUAUCGAAAGAAUCUCUCAAUACCAUAUAAUUAUGGGUACAAUGUGCCACACUUAGUAUUCGGUAGUUUUGGUUACUGGUAUUCGAAAAAAAGCAAUCGAUUCGAGCUUCAUGAUCUUCAUAUAUUGGGUUUUCCGGUGUUGCCUUGGUAUCGAGAUUUGCCUGCUACGGAUGGCAAGUUUUUCUCACCAAAGUAUGAAUACGUUCGGCAGCCGAGCUCGAUGUUGUUCCCAUUUAGCUGAAG